GCCGUGGCCCCUUCCCUGCCUGAGCCAGUGCGGAGGGCCUGCAGCGUCUUUUGCGAAGGUGAGCUGCUGGAUACGAUACAGCGAGCUCGCCUUUUUGAGGACUCCAAGACUUUCGUUGAUAGACCGCUCCGUGUUGAGCCAGAAGAGGUUCUCGAGGCCUUCCGGCGCUUGCCGGACAAGCAGAAUAUCGAGGCCUUGCGCAACUUCGUGGAGGCCCAUUUCGAGGCUGAGGGGCAAGAGCUCGAGCCCUUCGUGCCGGCCGACCACCAGCCGAACCCGCCACAGCUGGCGAGACUGCCGGAUGAGGCCUUGCGGCAGUGGGCGAUGGGUCUUCAUCAGAUUUGGAAGGACCUUUGCCGAAAGCAGCGCCCUGCAGUCGCGGCAGCUGCGCAGCGACACUCUGCCCUGCCACAGCGCUUCGCAAGCGUGGUUCCCGGCGGCAGAUUCCGCGAGACCUACUACUGGGACACCUACUGGAUCGUCCGCGGCCUUUUGCUGAGUGGCAUGAACGACACGGCCAAGGGUGUGGUCGAGAACCUGCUCGACUAUGUGCGUCAGUUCGGGUUCGUGCCCAAUGGAGGUCGAGUGUACUAUCUUGACAGGUCUCAGCCGCCCAUGCUGGGCGAGAUGGUCCAGGCCGUAUUGGAGGUCACUGCCGAUGACGCGUGGCUGCGCGAGGUAUUUCCAGUGUUGGAAGCGGAGUACAAAUUCUGGAUGGACCCUGCUUUGGGCCACUUCCUUCCAGAUCUGGGUCUCAAUGUCUUCAGCUCGAGUGCGCGAACUCCACGACCAGAGUCGUACUCGGAGGACGUGGCCACCGCUGAGCAUGGCAAAACACUGGACCGCGAGCCCUCCGAGGUAUUUCACGAACUCAGGUCGGGUGCCGAGACAGGUUGGGACUUCUCUACACGCUGGCUGCAGCGAGCGGCUUCGGAUGCCGGAUCAAGUGACCUCGCCACGAUCAACGCCAGCCAGGUCGUGCCGGUGGAUCUAAACUGCAUUCUCCUCCGCCUUGAAAAGCGCCUCGCCGCCUUCGCGCGCCACCUCGGCGACAAAGACCGUGCAGCCGCUUUGGAGGCAGCCGCAGAGCGUCGCAGCGCCGCAGUGGACCGCCUUCUCUGGUCGGAUGACUUGGGCAGCUACCGAGAUCUCCGCCUGGACACCGGCAAGGCAGCUGUCCUCCCGUCUCUUUCCGACUUCGCGGCUCCCCUCUGGGCCGGCCUCACUGGACGACGCGUGGAAGCGCUUCUGGCGUCGCUCCGUGGCAGCGGUCUCUUGCAGGCUGGCGGUGCUGCAACCACCACCCUGAAUUCCGGAGAGCAGUGGGACGCACCGAAUGCCUGGGCGCCGCUGCAGCUCAUGCUCAUUGAGGGCCUCGAGACGCUGAGCAAGACCAUGGGCUCAGAAGCUAAAGGCAGCGCUGAAUUGGCCGAAGACUUGGCCAGCCGCUGGCUUCGGAAUUGCUACGAGGCCUGGAUCAAGCACGGAGCAAUGUUCGAGAAGUACGACGCCGUUCACCCUGGCGAGGGCGGCGGAGGGGGUGAGUAUCAUCCACAGACAGGAUUUGGUUGGAGCAACGGCGUGGCUCUUGUUUU